GUUGGCUGCAAACAGAAGCUGGGACCGGGCUGAGGGUUGUUUUGAAGCCAAACCCAGCGGAGUGAAGGUGUAUUUCAGAGCACCUCCGUGCCCCAGCUCCCUGGAAGGAAGGGAAGGCACGGAUAGAUGGUUCAUGUGAAGUUCCACACGAGGAGCCAACUGCGGGAUGAACAGGAGUCAGCAGUGAGGCCAGGAGACAACCUGGGAGGCACAGACAGCUCAGGAUAUGGCCCUGCUGUCAGAGAAGGACCCCCUUGCUGCUGACGAGGAGAUGGAAGGAGCACAGGAGGAUACCACCUCAAGGACUGCCCUGGGGGAAGAAGCUGGAUCCCCAGCACUGCCUGAGCCCAAAGACAACCAGCAUGAUGGCUUUGCCAGCUUGGUGUGGGACGCUGUGCCCGGGAUGCUCUUCCGGGAGGACAGGCAGACCAGCCUUCACCCCCUUAGCCUGUCCUGGGUGCUGGGCUACAACAGCAGCCUGGCCGUGCACAGCCUGAUGGACGGGGAGGACCGGGUGCUCCUGUACGUCUCCUCUCACACAGUGGUCAUCCACGAUGUCCUGAGGAACAAGCAGUACCACCUGCAGGGCCACACGAAUACCAUUUCUUGCCUGUGUGUGAGUGAAGACAGGCGCUGGGUUGCAAGUGCCGACCGAGGGCCUGAUGCUCUGAUCAUCGUGUGGGACUCCUUCUCCGGGAUACCAGUGCACACCAUCUUUGGGAGUCAUCCAGAGGAUGGAGUCAGUGCUAUUGCCAUUUCCCAGGAUGCGAAAUAUUUGGCAACCAUUAGUGCUGGAACAGUGCAGAGAGUUUGUGUUUGGAAUUGGACUUUGCCCACAGAGAAGCCUGUAUGCAGCACAGAGCUGAGGCCUGAGUUUGGGUAUCAGGAUUAUGUCAUUUUUAACCCUCAAAAUCCCUAUGAGUUUGUCAGCAACAGCAAAACCCAGGUGGUGUUUUACCUGUGGGGCAGUGAUGGUUUGCAGUAUGGAGCACCGCUCCUGAGCAGACAGACCUUCAAGACCGUGGUGGGACACUUCAGCCAGUCGGUUUUCCAUUUCAACAACACAGAAGCUCUGACGGGCACCUCGGCCGGGAAGCUGGUGGUGUGGGACGACAUCGAUCCCCACGCCUGCCCCCAGGAACUGCGGGACAAGCCACACAGCAUGAAGGCCACCAAAGUGGUGUCUCUGCAGAAGGACAGCAUCACCGUGCUCAUGGUGCUUGAGAGCUUCAUAGUAACGGGUGAUGUGAAAGGACAGAUUAAAUUCUACAGUGGGAUGCUGCAGCUCCUCAUCUGCUACAGCCACAGCAAAGUGGGUUCCAUUCGGUCCAUCUCCUUCUGCAAAACCCCCCCUAGUCCUGUCGGUGCAUCCUCAGCCCAUUCCACCUCCUGCGCUGCUGGCAGCCAGCCCUUUGCCACCAGGAACUUUAUCCUUUCAACCACUGAUGCAACUGUGUUCCGUGUUGCAACAGACGGGAUAAACUUUGAAAAAGUCAUGGAAGAAGCAAAGCAAGCUGUGAAUGCCAUCGCCUGUCACCCCCGGCAGGCACGCUUGGCCGUGGGGAGUCACUGUGGGCUGCUGAAGGUGUGGGACUACGAGCAGAGAGAGUACCUGGUCAGCAGGAUAUUCCCUGAGGCCAGCAUCCAGUGCUUGUCCUAUGACCCUGAAGGUUAUUUUCUGGCUGCUGGUUUCACUGAUGGAAGCGUUUACAUUCUCGAUGCCAUUUCCCUUCAGUCCUUCUGCAAAGAAUUCAAGUUCUCGCAAGGUCCCGUGACUCAUAUGAGCUUCUCUCACGAUUCGGAGUACUUCGCAACUGCUGAUGAGACAUACACGGUGACUGUUUACAAGAGAGUCCUGCAAAACGGGAGCAGAUGCUGGGAACACUUAGCAGAGCUGUGCUCCCACUACAAACCCAUCCGCAGCAUCCUCUUUGGGGUCCAGUUAGACAGCAACGAGCCCAGGCUCCUGAGCCUUGGGGAAGACCGGCAGCUGAUUGAAUAUGACCUGAACAUCAGCAGCAAGGACCACUUGGAGGUCUUGCACAGGGACCGGAUAGAGCAGAUUGCUGUGCCCCUGUGCUUGGCCUGGUACCCACAGCUCAGCAACGAGUCCUUUAUCCUCACAGCCAACAACUGCUACAAAAUGAAGCUCUACAACACGACAACCAAAAUGUGCAGAAAGACCCUUUUGGGUCCAACCUACGGCUCCCCACUGGAGAAGAUCCAAAUCCUUCCAAUAACAAACACUGCAGACCCCCAGAAACGCUACCUGGCGUACAUUACAAAGGACAAGGUGGGCUUGCAGAUUUUGCCUGUUGAUGGCAACCAACACAAGUCCUCAGCUUUCAUCUGCCACCCGGAUGGUGUCUCUGACCUUGCUACCUCUUAUGAUGGACGCUACAUCUUUACGGUGGGGGGAAACGACUGCACUCUUAUGAAAUGGGAGAUCAACCUAAAUGCACUGGAUGCUGCUGUUUCCCUGGGUGGGGAGGACAUGAUCCCAUUCUACAACCUACUGGAUGGAGGCAGAGAAGGCGAAUUCUUCCGGGAGCUGGAAGACUAUUUUUACUAUGCGCAACUGCACAGCCAGGGUAUCGACACACUGGAGACCAGGCAGGUGUCAACACAUAUUCCCUUGGAGGAAAUUCCUUCUGUAAUGAGAGCAAUGGGAUUUUAUCCAUCAGAGGAAGAGAUUGAAGAAAUGCUAAAUGAAGUAAAAUUCAGCAACUAUGUGGAUACUGGAGAACAAGUGACAAAAAUCAAUUUAGAGGAUUUUAUCAAACUUUAUGUAAAUCAUCGACCUGCUUUUGGCUUGUCAAUGAACAAAAUACAACGAGCUUUUCAGGUUCUUGGUUAUGGUAAUGAGAAUGGAGACAAAGUUAUUGACAGAGGAGACUUACUGUGGCUGCUUCAGUGCAGAGGAGAGCAUAUGACAGAGGACGAGCUGGCACUGUGUCUGACCACCCUGCUGGGCAGGCGUCCUGGGGGACAAGGAUCUGAAUCGGACACCUCAGGUGAAGCAGCUUUGACUGAAGAAGAAAUUCCAGCAGAAAUCACAGCAGAGAUAUUUGCUGGUGACAUUCUUGGCUUACCUAUUGCUGAGCCAGAAAAAAAAGAACAGGAAAAGAGAGAUGAAUCUUUGAUCUAUGAAGACUCAGAAUCACAGCUGCCACAAAGUUUUCUACUAAUUCCUAUUUUCCACUCUCCUAAAAUAUCUGCAAAAACCAUAUUUUGUGUUUAUUACAAAGUAAAGGUUACAUAAUUUCGUAUUAAUCAGACUCUAGAAUGAAUAAGCCUGCAGUUUAGCAUAUGCCAUAAGCCUAUGAGGUCAAACCUAUGCAGGGAAACACUGGGGUGGCUGUAAACAAAGCAGAGAGCCACCCCACCCCUGGCUGGAACCUUCCUAGAAUUCAUUUCAGGUGAGUUUAUGCCAGAUGCAGUCUAUUUUCAUUACGUUAAGCCAGUAUUUAUUUGCGAAACCUGACAGCAAAAGAGCAAUGUGAAAGUACUGUAUUGAUUCAAUACAUUGAAAAAUGCUUGGGUAGGUUAGAAUGGAUUUGUAAUUAUAAAUCCAGCAGACCUCAGUAAAGAAAGGAAUGCUGUGUUGUUCACAAAGGCCAAAAUGGAAAUCUGGCUUAAGAAAAAUUAGUUUUUCUUUCUGAAAGUAAUAGUUCCAAUUAGCAGUGUAAUACCAAUGGGACAGCAUCUUACUGUGUUUGUGUAAACAGCAUAAUGAAGCUGAUAUAAGUUGCUGUAGAAAGAUCAGUGAAGUGCUGUUGAACACGCUUCCUUCUUUACAUCAUCCUCAGCAUCAAUUUGAAUAAUAAUGUAGGCCCUUAAGAAGUGUUUCUUUCAGCAGCAAUGUUUUUUUAAACAGACAUGCCUGUUAUGUACUCUGAAAGUAUCUGUGACUGUACAAUUAGUACAAACAGCAAGGUGUGCGCUGGAUGCACGGUAAUGAUGGAGUCCAGCAGUACCAUGACCACAAUGGGUGUGUGACAGGAGAACUUUUCUGCAGGGCAUCACUUCAUGUGUAGCUCUCUGCCCACUUGCUGGUGCAUGUACCUCUGCUCUGGAGCCAGGCUGAGAGAGCUGGGCUGGUUCAGCCUGGAGAAGAGAAGGCUCCUUAAGGGGAGACCUUACAGCAGCUCCAGUGCCUGAAGGGGCUCCAGGAAACCUGGAGAGGGGCUUUGGACAAGGGCCUGUAGGGACAGGACAAGGGGAAUGGCUUUAAACUGACACAGGGGAGAUUGAGAUGAGCUCUGAGGCAGAAGCUCUUCCCUGUGAGGGUGCUGAGGCACUGGCACAGGGUGCCCAGAGAAGCCGUGGCUGCCCCAUCCCUGGCAGUGUUCAAGGCCAGGUUGGACACAGGGGCUUGGAGCAACCUGCUCUAGUGGAAGGUGUCCCUGCCCGUGGCAGGGGGUUGGAACUGGAUGAGCUUUAAGGUCCCUUCCAACCCAAACCAGUCUCCGAUUCCAUGAUUCUAUGAAAUUACUGGAAUUAUUUUCGGCUGAGAAACCUUAUAACCACUAGGAAAAAAAAAAAAAUAAACGCUUAUUCCGGAUUUAUCAAGUAUCCUGUUUAAUGAGGCAAAUGUUUUACUUAACAGGAAGCAUUGCUA